GCUUGCGUCAGGACCCGGGGGAGUCCUCACUCAGCAACUACUUCAAGAUCUCCAAGCUGCCAUGCAGAGCCAGUAGCAGUCAGCAUUUAAGUGCAGCGCGGUGGUCCGGGUUUCACUAACGGAUCAUCGCUUGCUAACCAGCCAGUAACUGGAUGAUGCCACAACUGCACAAGUAAUGCGAGAAAAAUAGCCAGACAUGAGUGUGCUUCUGAUUUCCCUCUCUCUACUGGGGCAUCUAUUCUCGAGGGCUGAGGGACAAGUCUUUGCAGGCAGUUGCUCAUUUGAUGAACAUUAUAGCAACUGUGGAUACAUCUUGGCCCUUGGGACCAAUGGAUUCACCUGGGAGCAAAUUAACACAUGGGAAAAGCCAUCCAUAGACCCAUCUGUGCCAACAGGAACCUUUAUGAUGGUUAACAGCUCUGGACGAAUAUCAGGACAGAAGGCUCAUCUGAUGUUGCCCAUAUUAAAAGAGAAUGACACACACUGCAUUGACUUUCACUAUUUUCUGUCAAGCAAGGAUAGAUCCAGUCCAGGUGCCUUGAAUGUCUAUGUGAAAGUUAAUGGAGGACCUCAAGGAAACCCUGUUUGGAAUGUGUCCGGUAUAGUUACUGAAGGCUGGAUUAAGACAGAGCUGGCUAUCAGUACAUUUUGGCCAAACUUCUAUCAGGUUAUUUUUGAAUCAGUUGCUUCGAAAGGCCAUCCUGGAUACAUUGCUAUUGAUGAAGUUAGAGUGCUUGCUCAUCCUUGCAGGAAGGCUCCUCAUUUUCUCCGUCUUCAGAAUGUGGAAGUGAAUGCAGGACAAAAUGCCACAUUUCAAUGCAUCGCCGGUGGGAAGUGGUCCCAGCACGACAAGUUAUGGUUGCAGCAAUGGAAUGGAAAGGAUACAGCUUUGAUGGUUACCAGGGUGGUUAACCAUAGGCGCUUUUCUGCCACUGUCAGUGUGGCAGAUACAUCUCAGAAGACUACAAGUAAAUACAGAUGUGUGAUUCGAUCAGAAGGAGGCUCAGGAGUGUCAAAUUAUGCAGAAUUAAUUGUGAAAGAACCACCCACACCUAUCGCUCCACCUGAGCUUUUGGCAGUUGGUGCAACUUACCUGUGGAUCAAACCUAAUGCAAAUUCGAUCAUUGGAGAUGGCCCCAUCAUCCUAAAGGAAGUAGAGUACCGCACAACAGCAGGAAAUUGGGCAGAGACGCAUAUCGUGGACUCACAGACCUACAAACUAUGGCACCUUGACCCAGAUGUGGAAUAUGAAAUCAGAGUUCUGCUCACAAGACCUGGAGAUGGAGGGACAGGACCACCAGGUCCUCCUCUGACAACUCGGACCAAAUGUGCAGAUCCUGUCCAUGGACCUCAGAGUGUAGAAGUUGUGGAUGUCCGAUCUCGUCAGUUGACUAUUCAUUGGGAACCAUUUGGUUACGCGGUCACUCGUUGCCAUAGCUACAACUUGACAGUUCAGUACCAGUAUGUGCUUGGUCACCGGGAAUAUACAGCAGAAGAACUGAUGCAGACAUCAUCCCACUAUACACUGCGGGGACUACAUCCAUAUACUACAGUGAAACUUCGACUGGUAUUGGUAAACCCAGAAGGAAGGAAAGAUAGUGAUGAAAUUGUUCUACAAACAGAAGAGGAUGUACCAGGUCUAGUGCCCUUGGAAUCAAUUCAAGCAGGCCCAUUUGAAGAGAAGAUAUAUCUACAGUGGAAACCACCAAAUGAAACCAAUGGAAUAAUUACCCUCUAUGAGAUAACCUAUAAGGCUGCUGGUUCCUUUGACCCUAAUGUGGAGCUUUCCAGCCAAAGAGGGAGAGUAUUCAAACAACGGAAUGAGACCCACCAUUUGUUUGUUGGGCUUUAUCCAGGCACGACAUAUUCUUUCACAAUAAGAGCGAGCACAGUAAAAGGAUUUGGACUGCCAGUCACCACUCGUAUUACUACAAAAAUAUCAGCUCCCUCAAUGCCACUGUAUGACACAGAUGCUCCUCUGAAUGAGACAGACACAACCAUCACCGUCCUAUUGAAGCCAGCUCAAUCAAGAGGAGCUCCGAUCAGCGCUUAUCAACUGGUCGUUAAAGAAGAACACUUUCAAAAAGCCAGGAGAGCAGCAGAUAUUAUUGAGUGCUUUCCUGUUCCAGUCAGCUACAAGAAUGCUUCCAUACUUGAUUCACUUCAUUACACUGCUGCAGAGCUGAAGCCUGGGAACCUUCCAAUGACUCAGCCAUUUACUGUUGGAGACAACAAAACAUACAAUGGCUAUUGGAACCCACCACUUUCCUCAGUGAAAAGCUACAGCAUUUACUUUCAAGCACUCAGCAAAGCUAAUGGGGAGACUAAAAUCAGCUGUUUAAGACUGGCAACAAAAGGUGCUUCAACACAAAACUCCAAUACAGUGGAGCCAGAAAAACAAGUUGAUAACACAGUGAAAAUGGCUGGAGUUAUUGCAGGAAUCUUAAUGUUUAUUAUCAUCAUGCUGGGAGUCAUGCUAAUAGUUAAAAAACGGAGGAGUGCUUAUUCCUACUCAUAUUACCUGAAACUGGCAAAGAAACAAAAGGAGACCCAGAGUGGCACCCAGCGAGAAAUGGAGCCCGUGGUAACAGCAACAGACAAGAGUUGUAACAAGCAUGGAUCAGCUCAAAGAGAUGAAACAUUAUCAGCGGAACAAGUCACACACAAUGCAGUAUUAGGCAGCAACCAUGAAGAUAUGAGCCAGCCAACUAGGGUUGUUCAAACUCAUUCCUAUAGGAACUGCGAACCUGUUGAAAUGUCAUAUCAAUCUGGACAACUUCAGCCAGCUAUACGAGUAGCAGAUUUGCUGCAGCACAUCACACAGAUGAAAUGUGGCAAGGGCUAUGGCUUUAAAGAAGAGUAUGAGAGUUUGCCAGAAGGACAGUCAGCAGCUUGGGACACUGCCAAGAAAGAGGAAAACCGUUCUAAGAACAGAUAUGGGAACAUCAUUGCUUAUGAUCAUUCUCGAGUACGGCUUCAGCUACUAGAUGGCGACCCACACUCAGAUUAUAUAAAUGCCAAUUACAUUGACGGUUACCAUAGGCCACGUCACUACAUAGCUACUCAAGGUCCAAUGCAGGAAACAGUUAAAGAUUUCUGGAGAAUGAUAUGGCAAGAGAAUUCAUCCAGUAUCGUCAUGGUAACUAAUCUGGUCGAAGUGGGAAGGGUGAAAUGUUGCAGGUAUUGGCCAGAUGAUACUGAACUGUAUGGUGAUAUUAAAGUUACGCUGGUUGAGUCUGAACCACUAGCAGAGUAUGUUAUUCGCACGUUCACUGUUCAGAAGAAAGGCAAUCACGAAAUUCGGGAGAUUAGACAGUUCCACUUCACCAGCUGGCCUGAUCAUGGAGUACCCUGCUAUGCAACUGGCUUACUGGGAUUUGUAAGACAAGUAAAGUUCCUUAACCCAAAUGACGUUGGCCCCAUUAUAGUACAUUGCAGUGCGGGUGCAGGAAGGACAGGAUGUUUCAUUGCUAUCGACAUCAUGCUCGAUAUGGCAGAAAGCGAAGGUGUUGUGGAUGUUUACAACUGUGUCAGAGAGCUCCGUUCACAGAGGGUCAACAUGGUACAGACAGAGGAGCAAUAUGUCUUUGUUCAUGAUGCAAUUUUAGAGGCCUGCUUAUGUGGAAACACAACUAUACCAGUUUGUGAAUUCAGAGCUACAUUUUACAACAUCAGCAAAGUGGAUCCACAAACAAACUCCAGCCAGAUCAAAGAUGAGUUUCAGACACUGAAUAUUGUGACUCCUCGUGUACGAGCUGAGGAUUGCAGUGUUGGUCUCCUUCCACGCAAUCAUGACAAGAACCGGAACAUGGAUGUGCUCCCUCCGGACAGGUGUCUCCCAUUCCUCAUUUCUGUAGAUGGUGAAACAAGCAACUAUAUAAAUGCUGCACUUAUGGACAGCCACAAACAGCCUGCAGCAUUUAUCGUCACACAGCAUCCUUUACCGAACACUGUGACUGACUUCUGGAGAUUAGUGUUUGAUUACCAUUGCUCAGCAAUAGUAAUGUUGAAUGAGCUUGAUGCUGCACAGCUCUGUAUUCAGUACUGGCCAGAGAAAAGUCUGUGUUGCUAUGGUCCUAUUCAAGUGGAAUUCAUCUCAGCAGACUUUGAAGAGGAUAUCAUUGUCCGUGUCUUUCGAAUCUACAACAUGGCACGACCUCAAGAUGGAUAUCGCAUUGUGCAGCAGUUCCAGUUUAUUGGUUGGCCUUCAUACCGAGACACCCCAGUAUCAAAGCGUUCUUUUCUGAAACUGAUCAAACGUUUGGAGAAAUGGCAAGAAGAAUAUGAUGGAGGUGAUGGCCGUACUGUGGUGCACUGUUUUAAUGGUGGUGGGCGCAGUGGUACACUUUGUGUCGUUCGCAGUAUCUGUGAGAUGAUUCAUCAACAAAAUAUAAUAGAUGUUUUUCACACAGUCAAAACACUACGAAACAACAAAUCCAACAUGGUAGACACACUGGAGCAAUACAAAUUCUGCUAUGAUGUGGCACUGGAAUAUCUGAGUUCAUUUUGAACUUUAAUGAAGAGAAGAAUUAUUAUAGUAAUGCAGUGCAUUUUUGUCAAAGAAGCAGUUUCUGACUUCUGUAAAAGAAAAGUGUGCAUCCAGAAGACCUUUGUACAGAUUUGUGCUUUCAUCCAUCUUGGUGAAUCCAGGAAAGAAAGCAGGCAGCAAUCCAGAGCCAAUCACAUCCAGUGUCUACAACAACUACCUGGACUAGCUGAAGGACUUAUUGGACUAUUCCACAUUUUAUGGGAGUUCUACUUUUGCCAGAAGUUAAUUGAUGUAAUUGGUUGAGAUAGAGAAUUUGCCAGCUGUUCAUUUUGUUGAUUGUCCUUGUAUAUUCCAUUCCAUGGUGUUAAAAUUGUUUAAAUGACAGUAUUAGUAAAUGCUAACUAUGAUCUAUUGGCUUAGUUUUAUUUAGCAUUUUCUAAUAAUUAGUAUCAGAAUUGCUAAGUAAAUCUAGGCAAUAAUAUUCCUGCUAGACGUUGUUAUGUUAAUUUUGAUGUUUCCAAUGACAGCAGCUUCCAUUAAAAAGGUACAGUUUGGGGUCACCAAUUAUUUUGUGAGAAUAAGGCUUUAAAAUAUCAAUCUAACCUUCAAGCAACUUUCAACUACUCUUCAGGCAGCUGACCUUUAAACAAAGUAAGCCAUUUUGUGAUCCCGUAUGACUGAGGCAGUUGAAGGUAUACCAUUUAUUGUAACAUUCAGUGGAAUUUAUAAGUUCAGUAGAUAUUCUUGAAGCUGUUUAAGGAGCUACUAUAAAUAAGAAUGGGUGCAUUAGAGAGCAGGUGAUUUAUAUAUGAAAUUGAAAGCUAUAUUGUGUGAAAGCUGGAAAUCAGAUUUAAAAAUGUAUAACACCUAAAGGGGAACAAAAGGGUUGAUUUUUCUGAUGUGAUCCUUAAUCAGGAUUUUGAGUUCUAUUUUAAUCAAAAGCAUGAACCAAUUAUUUUUAAAUUUUGCUCAUUGAACUCUAUGCACUUCCAGCGUAUUCUAUGUUUGUUUUGAGUGUAAUGGAUUCAUCCAGGGCACUGUUUACACUUCUCUUAUUUCUCAUUACCACUAAUUUGUCUACUAUUCUAACAGUGUCAUUAAUCUGCAGUGGAAUAAACAGGUUAGAACUUCUGCAUUUUAUAGCCUGGAUGGAAAUUUAACAUCAAUAAUCAGUGCAUUAAUAAUAAUGUAGAGAAAAUUAAGCAUCGGGGUGUUUCAUGCAUGUUCUCUUUAAUUGAUGCAGUCAUCACUAAGGUGCACUGUAUCAGAAGAUUGCAGUACCUGAGAGCCUUGUAAAGGUGAUUUGCUGUAUUUUGGGUGUGAUUUAGUCAAAUUCAUUCAGCUCAUUGUUACUGGCAGAAAGCAAAAUUGUAGUAUAAAGUAAGUACGUCUCUUGUCAGUUUUUACUGAGGUCUUGUCAAAGCAUCAUUCUUAUACUUUUACUAAACUUUAUAAACUGUUAAUCAACUUAUAAUUCUUGUAGAUAAUAUGAACUCCAUAAAUACAUAUUUAUAAGAGAGUAAAAUUUGAGUUAUACAAAGUCCUUAAGCUUUACAAGGACCUUAAAAUUCUACCUCCUAUCAGGUUGUUUGGUUGCAGCUUAGUAUGCUUCUUCAAUGACUGAAGAAUAUAUGUAAAACACUUUGGUUUGUCUGGUACUUUUCUUUACAAUUUGUCUUAUAUUGCACGAGUUAUGGAUCAUUUAUACAAUUUUGUUGAGCAUAAAACUAUUUUAUCCCCCUUUGUUUGGCUUUACGUAAAGAAAAUACAUGACAUUGCACAAAUCUUGAAAUAUCAGUCCCCAAGCGUGCAAAGUAUUCAUCAACCUGUCAGGCACAAUAGGCCUAAUCUCCAUUGCACAACAUUAAACUGUUUGCUUUAAACUCCAAGAUCAACCCUGUGCUGCAAUGUUAAACCUUUGCAAAGUUUGUGGCAUUAUUGAUAUAUGGUUGCAUCAAAUCUUAGCAUGCAGUUGGCUGGUUGGGGUUAGCAAUUCCUUGUAUGGCCCUUGACAUUGAAGAAUGAGUUACAAAUCUUAUAAUUUGAUUGCAAAAGAUCAAAGCAAUGUUCCUGGAUAUAACUCAUGAAAGAUGCAAAAACAAAAAAGUGGUGUGACUUUACUGUAAAAAAAACUAUUCUGAAUAGCCAACAGGUAGACACAAUUUACUCCAUACUGAACCAUAAAUCAGUGACUGUUAUAAACAAUCUAGCAGGCUUUAUGCUGUAACACCGAGAUACAAUUUAACUCAAGCAUUGUAUUUUUGCUGUGCUUUCUGCAGCACUAUGUCCCCCCAUUUCAGCAUAAACCAUGUUAGAUUAUUCACCGUGGUCUCCCCAGUUUAAAUACUAACUAUGUAUAAUCAGAAAUUUAAACCAAUGUACAGCAAGAAAAUAUUCAUAUCAGUAUGUUUCUCCUCCCGUGCACACCAGUGUUUGUUGUUCCCUUUUAAGAUCAGUUUCUGUGUUUGGUAGUUGAAAGCAUGUUUGAAUACCUUCAUUGUGUAAUAUUCUGUAGUAGGUUACUUUUCCACCUUUAUAAAUUGUGGUUAAUUAUGUUAAGUCAAAUAAUAUAUGAAGUAUAUUUUUGACAGUACAUAAAAGUAAUGUGACCUUUUUACAACUACAAUGCCAUUUGAUUAAUUUAUUCUUAUAUGUUGUAAGGAAAUGUUUGUAAAAUGGGCUGUGAGCCACCUGUAUU